AUGUCUAACAAACCAACAACGAUAGACCUCACCAAAAUCAAACCUCUCACCUGGACCGUCCAAACUAAAUACAACGCCUCCUCCAUAAUAACCUACAACCUCGCCCUCGGCGCCUCAGGAACAGACCUCUCACUAUGUUUCGAAGGGCACCCAUCAUUCCACGCUCUCCCAACUUUCGGCACUCUCCCCGUAAUCAGCGCCAUGGGAGCCGUCACAAAGUCAAUGCCAGACUUCCUCCCCAGCUUCCAAUCGCAUAACCAUGUCCACGGGGAACACUACCUCGAACUUAAACGACCGUUCCCCAUCCCCAAGCCAGGCGAGGAAGUCACGCUCGAAACCACAGCUAAAGUCCUCGAAGUCGUCGACCGGCGGUCCGGAGUAACAGUCUGCGUAGCCAUCACCACCUCUGACGCCGCCACCGGCUCCGAAAUCUGCUACAACGAAUGGACGUCCUUCAUCCUGCGCGUCCCCGGCGCCGGCGCAGCGACCCACUCGCUCGACCGCGGCGCCAUGUCGAAGAUCUAUCCCUCUCCCGAUCGGAAACCAAAUGCUGUGCGUGAGUUCCGGACGUCCCCGGAGCAGGGGGCUUUGUACAGAGCUGCGAGUGGAGAUCUCAACGCCCUCCAUAUAGAUCCUGAGGUAGCGAAGAAAGGCGGGUUUCCAGGUCCGAUAUUGACGGGGACGGCGACGUUGGGGGUAGGGGUGAGGCAUGUGUUGGAGGCUUUUGCGGACGGGGAUGCGGGGAGGUUUAAGGGCAUGAAGGUGCGGUUGAGCAAGCCGGUGUUUCCGGGGGAUGUUGUGAGGACGGAGAUGUGGAGGGAGGAGGGCGGGAGGGUGGUGAGGUAUCGGCAGUGUGUUGGGGACGAGAGGGUGGUGAUGAAGGAUGCGGCGGUGUUUUUGCAUGAGGGGAAGGCGAACCUCUGA